CGAAUCGUGGAAGCUCCAGCCGCAACGGUAAUUGUUAACAACAGCCUCCCCGAGGGCAUCUCUCUCUCUUUCUCCCUCUCUUUAAAUCUUUGUACCUUGCCUUACGACUGCAACGAUAACCAUGUCCUACGUCGCGCAUAUCGUCGAGCAGAUCCAGCAUAACCUCUCGUUCCUCGUCGAGAAUGGGCAUAUGUCCCAGCAAGAUGCUGACCUUGUACUUUCUCGACUGCCUUCUAGGGCGGCAGCUCCUGCGAUCGUCGUAACUCCCACUCCUGCUGUUAGGAAUGUACCAGUCCUUCCAGCAUGGUCUGCGAGGACAGUCAAAGCCAGAGCUGUCUGGUCCUAUAACGAAAAUGGAGAAGACCCAAACGAUCUUUCCUUCCGUGCAGGAGACAUCAUCGAGAUCAUAGAAGAGACAAACCCUGACUGGUGGACAGGCAAAAUUAACGGGAAACAAGGACUCCUUCCCUCCAAUCACGUCGAGAAACUCCCAGCCGACACUUUUAGUGCUGCUCCCGCUGCGCCGGCACGCACGAUCCUCGCCCCGCCUCCGCAGUACACCCAGGCUCCCGCCGUGGCACCGCGGGAAAAGGCAGCGUACAGGCCAUUUGGUGCUGCUCAUCAUGGAGCGGACAAACCCCCGCCACCGGGUUCUGCGCAAGUCAACUCUGUUGGUUUGCAAGAGGCGGACGGGCAGGAUAAGAAGAAGAGUAAGUAUGGGAAGUAUGGGAAUACGAUGGCACAUUCUGCUGCGGGCGGUGUGGGCUUCGGUGCUGGUUCUGCGAUUGGAGGUGGACUUGUCCGAGCUAUUUUCUAAUCUCAUCAUGCGGAAGUCUUGGCGAAAGGCGAUGUUGUAUUAUUUAUUCUGUGCAUAUUUUGUUGUGGAAGAACUUUUUGGGUACAUUGUAUCGUAUUUAUGUUUUUUGGUAGAUGUGAUGACUAUAUCAG